UUGGGUUUGCAGCACAAAGCGGCGGCUGCAUCGCUAUGUCAUGAGGGCGCUUGGUAAGGUCAGCUGGUGCCAUAUGCUUGACAUGGAUACUUACAGUGCACCCAAGUCAGCAACGACAAUCUAUGCAUCCAUCCGACGCAACACGCUCAGCUGCAUCUCCCAACUCAGCAUCCGGGAUAAUAGAUCACCUCAGCGUUCGAGUCACCUUGCGCAAGGGCUGACCUUGUCUGCCCAACCGACAAUAGCUAUACCCGGACUUCCGACUGCCGCCUUGAACGCACCGGUAGCCUGGGUGCAUCUGUUCAGCCCCGAAGUCACGACUGCGAACACGGCUUGGAACGCUUGCACAAAGCGCAGUCAGGACUUGCUCUGCUUGAACCUGUAGCUGCUUUCUUUCUAGCCCAGGCCUGUCCCAGUCCCUAUAAAAGACGAGACCCUUGUGCCUAUCACCGUCGUUGACAGUCAUCGCUUCGUGUCGAGCGAGGAGAUGGAGAACGCCUUGAACAAGGUCGACCUUCGGCCUUACAAGCGCAUCGUUCAGAUGUUCUGGGAUCCCGAACCAACGAACGACACCACGGCUGACCUUCCCGCCUGGUGCUUAGGGAAGUCAUAUCAGCUCAGUCAUCACAGCGGCGUUGGAUCCAAGACUGGCGAGAAGAGGCUCUCGAGCUCCGACUGGAAAUGCGCAGCCCGCGACGAAGAGCACGCAGCCGAGUCGGGGGCGAACGAGACUACCCCGGAGACACCAUACGAUUCCACACCGAGUAGCUUCUCAUCAGCGCUAGCCUACGAGGAUCCAUCACAACUGGGCAGAUGGCCUCAAGGUUUCAUCGAUGAUUUCGAAGCCCGCUUUUGGAUGACAUACAGAUCCGAUUUCGUGCCCAUACGCAGAUCCGCCGACCCCAAAGCUCUUCACGCUAUGUCGUUACCUAUGCGGCUGAAAACGCAAUUUGGCGGCGAUCAUACCGUGUUCACCAACGAUACUGGAUGGGGCUGUAUGAUCCGUUCUGGCCAAAGCCUCCUUGCUAAUGCCUUAGGUCUACAGUGGUUUGGCCGAGACUGGCGCCGGGGCUCACGCCCAGAAGAUGAGAAGAAGCUGAUACAAAUGUUCGCGGACGAUCCUAGAGCCCCAUUCUCGCUGCAUAAGUUCGUGGAGAAAGGUGCAAGUGUUUGCGGAAAAUUUCCCGGGGAAUGGUUCGGGCCUUCAGCGACUGCCCGCUGCAUUAAGGAGCUGGUUGCGUCUGACGAAAGCCCCCUGCAAGUGUAUUCUACAGCGGACGGGCACGACGUCUACGAGGACAGGUUUAUGGAGGUCGCCAAACCCAAUGGCCGGGAUUUUCUGCCGACCCUUGUCCUCGUAGGGACCCGCCUGGGCAUCGACACGAUUACACCUGUGUACUGGGAGGCUUUGAUAGCUGCCCUGCAAAUGCCACAAUCCGUGGGAAUAGCUGGUGGAAGGCCAUCCUCCGCACAUUACUUCGCGGGCGCACAGGGCUCCUAUCUCUUCUAUUUGGACCCGCAUCACACUCGUACAGCAUUGCCAUAUCACGACAAUGCGCAGGAUUAUACCGCGGAGGAGAUUGACUCAUGUCACACGAAUCGUUUGCGACGCGUCCACGUACGCGAGAUGGACCCAAGUAUGUUGAUUGCUUUUUUGAUUCAAUCGGAGGACGAUUGGUUAGAUUGGAGAAAGUGUGUGAAGCACGUGCAAGGCAAAGCUAUCAUCCACGUGGCGGAUCGGAACCCAACUCUAGAAGGCAGUUACGUCUCGGAGGGAAGGCCGGGUGCUAUAGAUGAAGUGGAACCACUCAGUGACGACGAAGGUGAUGCGUUGUCGUCUGAUUCGAGAUAGAUGUGGUGAAUCACAUGGCUCGGUGUUUGCAACAGGGGAUAGAACACCCAACUGUUCCACGUGUCUUGUGUGUAGGUAUCUGGGGGCGCCACGUCCAGCACGGCCGCGCUUCCUGGAACGACUGUCCAAAAAACCCUGAAGCUAUACCACGGCCAUCGAGAGAAGCGACCCCGAUCAACACCCGCGGCCUCCGA